AUGAGCUGUUAUCCAUGCUAUGAAAGUCACACUCUCAGGUCCAGGAGGGAGCAGGAGCUCGACUGUGCCACCCUGCCCCGCAGCAGCAGCGAUGCCGCGGCCGUGCGCAGGAGGACCAAGCUCCCCACCAUCACCAGGACAGAAGUAGAAACUCACAGGUUCUCCAUCAAUGGCCACUUCUACAACCACGAGACAUCAGUUUUCACUCUGGCUUUUGGGUCAGAAACCAAAAUAAGAAUCAACAGCCAGAUGAGGACCAGACAAGUGAUAGAGCAGUUGCUUCAGAAGUUUAAGAUAGAAAACAGCCCCCAUGAAUUUGCACUUUACGUUAUCCAUGCGUCUGGAGAAAAGAAGCAGUUGAGGAGUAGGGAUGUUCCCUUAUUGCACAGGCUGCUGCAGGGGCCCUCUGAGAAGGUUGCCAAGUUUUUUCUCAUGGAUGGGGACAUGGAAGAGAUCAGCAGUGAUGUGGCUCAGUACAUUUCAUUCCAUCUUCCCUUCUUGGAAUCCAUUCUGCACAGAAUAAAUGAAGAGGAGGAGCAGGAGAUUCAACAGACCACUGCAAGGUACACACGAGAGAAGAGGCUGAUCCAGCAGCACCUGCGCAGUCGAAGUGUUCAGAAAACAGAGACCACGGUGUGA